AUGUCUAAAGUUUCAUGGGCGUUGACGUGCUCGAUGGUGUCACUUUGUGGAUUCCUCUUUUUAUUUCUAGUGGGAAUUCUUGUGCAAGUGCAGCCGAAAUACAUGAAGAUUCACAAAAGUGUAAAGAGUCCUACCCCAAUCUUUGAAUCGGCAUGUUUGUAUGGAACGCUCUUUCUCGUGUCAUCCAUGGUUUAUUACAAAGAGACGAAGAAGGAUACACGAACGAAUUACGAUCUCCGCAGCUCCACAUUGGACGAACGUCAGUGUUUACUGGACAAGCCGAUAGUGAGCUACAGUUGA